AUGCUAUCAAUCUCAAAGAAAUCUUUAGUAUCUGUUAACUCUAAAAAUGUUAUGAAGCAUUUGUCUUAUAAUAGAUCAUACUCCUCUUUCAUUACAAUAUCCACCAAAACUUCCUCAUUUCCUUUUUUGUCCUUAUACCCUCUAAUUAACAAAUCGGUAAUAUCUAAUACUAGGUACAACUCAACAUCUACCCCACCGACAAUAAAAUAUGGUAAGCCAUUAAGAAUAGAUAGAGAAUUACCUGAUCCAACUAAAGAACAGAGAAAACUAAUGGCCAGUUUUAUUCUUUUUGGUGGUAUCAUGGUCACUGCAUUAGCAGUCAUCUUCAAUUAUGAAAAGACUGAAAAUGCUAUCGUCACUAACACUUUAUACCAAUUACGUAGAUCUGAGAAAAUUAGAGAUUUGAUCGGGGAGAAUAUAGAAUUUGAUGGAUUAAUACCUUGGGUAUAUGGUCAGUUGAACCCAAUGGCCGGUAAGGUUAAUAUUAGAUUCUAUAUUAAGGGGAAUAAGAAUAAGUCAGGUGAGAUUAAAUUGGUUGCAGAUAGAUCAAAUAAGGAUCAAGAAUUUUUGAUUCAUGAAUGGUCCUUAACUGUAGAUGGACAACGAUUCGAUUUAUUGGAGGAAAAUUCUUCUUUCUUAUAG